UUCAUUUUAUUGCUGCAAUCGGAAAAUUUACAUAAAAAAGAAGGUUUCAAAUUCAAUCGAUUCUAUAGGAAGGGUAUACAAACCUUGGUUUCGUAAAGUUAGUUUCGUUUCGUGUUUAUGUUGAUUGUUGAUUGUUCAGUGUUGCCAUAGAUCAGUGAUUGCCCUUUGGACUUACACUAUGAAUCUUUGGAUCCAAAGGUGUUUGCUGCAUACUAACGGUGACAGUUGAAUUUUGUUUCUCCCUGCAAAACGGUUUGCUGUGCGCUUAAGUCUACAGUCGAAAUUUGUCUCUUACUGCGAACGGUCGAUACAACUGAAGCUCCAAGAUGAUCAAUUCAGGAAAGUUAGCCGGUCGAACGCUUUUCAUCACAGGCGCCUCUCGGGGAAUAGGCAAGGAGAUUGCCCUGAAAGCGGCCAGAGAUGGAGCCAACAUCGUUGUCGCAGCCAAGACGGCCGAGCCACAUCCCAAGCUGCCUGGAACUAUUUUCUCAGCGGCGGAGGAGAUAGAGAAGGCCGGCGGAAAGGCGUUUCCCUGCGUAGUGGACGUGCGGGACGAGAAUCAAGUGCGCAGUGCCGUUGAGGCCGCAGUGGCCAAGUUUGGCGGCAUCGAUAUUGUGGUGAACAACGCCAGUGCCAUCUCCUUGACCAACACGCCCGACACGGACAUGAAGCGCUACGAUUUGAUGCACAACAUCAAUACACGCGGCACUUUCCUGGUGUCCAAAGUGUGCCUGCCGUAUCUCCAAAAGAGCAACCACGCACAUAUCCUGAACCUCUCGCCGCCGCUGAGUAUGCUGCCCAAGUGGUUCGGCCCCAAUGUGGCCUACACCAUGGCCAAGUACGGCAUGUCCAUGUGCGUGCUGGGCAUGGCUGAGGAGUUCCGGGACCAGGGAAUCGCCGUCAACGCCCUCUGGCCUCGCACAGCCAUCCACACGGCUGCCAUCGAGAUGCUGACCGGUCCCGACUCUGCCAAGUGGUCUCGCAAGCCUGAGAUCAUGGCAGAUGCCGCCUACGCCAUUCUGAGCAGGGAUCCCAAGGAGGCCACUGGUCAGUUCUUUAUAGACGACGAGGUGCUGGAAUCGGUGGGUGUAACGGAUCUCACCGACUACGCCUGCUUCCGGGAGAAUGCCGACGCUCUGAUGGUUGACUUUUUUGUGGAGGAGAAGGGAGCUCCUGCUGGCGGUGCCGCUGUUGCAUCCAAUGCCAAAGCUAGUGUCUCAGGCGGCGAUGGGAUUCCUCAGCUGUUCCAGAAGAUCGAAGCUCUACUCUCUCCCGAAAUCGUAUCGAAGACGCAGGCCGUGUACCAGUUCAACGUCAGCGGCGCCGAGCAAGGAACUUGGUUCCUGGACCUGAAAAACGGUUCCGGAUCCUGCGGUGCUGGAGCACCGCCCACAGCUGCAGAUGCCACCAUGGACAUGAACUCGGAGCACUUCUUGGACAUGUUUUCCGGAAAGCUCAAGGCCACUCCUGCCUACAUGUCCGGAAAACUGAAGAUCAGCGGAGACUUCCAGAAGUCCCUCAGGCUGGAGAAGGUGAUGAAGGCGCUGCAAUCCAAGCUGUAGAUGCCUAUGCUUUGUAGAUGCCUCUUUUGUGUUAUGUAUUUCCUAAUAAAACGUUAUUCUGUAGCCAUUA